GAAUGCUUGUGAUUGGUAAGCUUUGCAAAUGCAUCUGCCAGCAGGACUUCGGUGGAAUGUGAAACCAAAUCAUUUACAAGUUAAAGAUAGACACAGAGGACGCAGCAUCUUGAGCCAGGGUUUAAAUUCAGUGUCUCUCAGCCUUCUAGUUUGGGAACUUUCCGUUUUUCCUCGUCAAGGAUUUUAUUAGUGUUUCUUCAGACAAUACAAGAACCCUUAGGGUACUGGAAUUAUUAGGGUGUCAGAAGACCAUGGUUCGUGCUGCAGGAAUGAUUGAAGACUGUGGGAAAAGAGGAACUACCAUGGCAGAAAGGAGGCAGCUGUUUGCAGAAAUGCGGGCUCAAGAUCUGGAUCGCAUCCGUUUAUCCACCUACAGAACUGCAUGCAAGCUUAGAUUUGUACAGAAGAAAUGUAACUUGCACCUAGUGGACAUUUGGAAUGUAAUAGAAGCACUGAGGGAAAAUUCACUGAACAACUUGGAUCCGAACAUAGAGCUGAACGUGGCUCGGCUGGAAGCUGUAUUAUCCACAGUUUUUUACCAACUCAACAAACGCAUGCCAACAACUCACCAGAUCAAUGUAGAGCAGUCCAUCAGCUUACUACUCAACUUCUUGCUGGCAGCUUUUGAUCCAGAAGGACAUGGAAAGAUUUCUGUGUUUGCUGUCAAAAUGGCUUUGGCAACACUUUGUGGGGGAAAGAUCAUGGAUAAAUUAAGAUAUAUUUUCUCCAUGAUUUCAGACUCCAGUGGUGUAAUGGUUUAUGGAAGAUAUGACAUGUUUCUGCGAGAAGUUCUUAAGCUUCCCACAGCAGUCUUUGAAGGUCCUUCUUUUGGCUACACAGAGCAAUCAGCAAAAUCCUGUUUUUCUCAACAGAAAAAAGUCACAUUGAAUGCUUUCUUGGACACUCUUAUGUCUGAUCCUCCACCACAGUGUCUGGUCUGGUUACCUCUUCUGCAUCGGUUGGCAAAUGUUGAGAAUGUCUUCCACCCUGUUGAGUGUUCCUACUGCCACAGUGAGAGCAUGAUGGGAUUUCGCUAUCGAUGCCAGCAGUGUCACAAUUACCAGCUCUGUCAGGAUUGCUUCUGGAGGGGACAUGCCAGUGGUUCCCAUAGCAACCAGCACCAAAUGAAAGAAUACACGUCAUGGAAAUCACCUGCUAAGAAGUUAACGAAUGCACUUAGCAAGUCUUUAAGCUGUGCUUCCAGCCGUGAGCCUUUGCACCCAAUGUUUCCAGACCAGCCUGAAAAACCUCUAAACUUGGCUCAUAUUGUGCCUCCCAGACCAGUCACCAGCAUGAAUGAAACACUGUUCUCCCAUUCUGUUCCCUCAGGAAGCCCUUUUACAAACAGAAGGUUACUUGAGAGUAUAAAUGUAGCCAGUCCUGAGACUGAUGAGCAUUCUCUUAUAAAGAUGUAUGUAAAUCAGCUUCACAGGAAUUCCUGCUCUCCUUACAAGAAUAAUGAAGUAGAGCAGAACAAAUUGCUGGCUAGGGCUGCUCCGGCUUUUUUGAAAGGCAAAGGGUUACAGUAUAGCCUCGAUGUUGCAGACAGGCUGGCUGAUGAACAUGUUCUCAUUGGGUUGUAUGUCAACAUGCUCCAGAACAACCCCUCACGUUUGAUGGAAAGUCCAAACCGUCUAGAUGAAGAGCACAAACUGAUCGCAAGGUAUGCGGCAAGACUGGCAGCAGAGACUACUUCAUCACAGCAGCAGCAGCAGAGAGGUGCUCCAGAUAUCUCAUUCUCUAUUGAUGCAAAUAAGCAGCAAAGACAGCUUAUUGCAGAACUUGAAAAUAAAAACAGAGAAAUCCUACAAGAGAUUCACAGGCUGCGACUUGAACAUGAGCAGGCAUCUCAGCCCACUCCAGAGAAGGCAGCCCAGAAUCCUACUCUCCUGGCAGAACUCCGGCUCCUUAGACAGAGGAAGGAUGAGCUGGAACAGAGGAUGUCAGCUCUACAGGAAAGCCGGAGAGAGCUCAUGGUUCAGUUAGAAGGCCUCAUGAAAUUGCUCAAGACCCAGGGGGCGGGCUCCCCUCGUUCUUCUCCCAGCCACACUAUCAGUCGGCCUAUCCCUAUGCCCAUCAGAUCUUCAUCUGCUUGCUCCACUCCAGCCCACACACCUCAGGACUCUCUGACAGGCGUGGGAGGAGAUGUCCAGGAAGCUUUCGCACAAGGCACAAGAAGAAAUUUAAGAAAUGACUUACUGGUAGCAGCAGAUUCUAUUACCAAUACUAUGUCUUCACUGGUGAAAGAACUCAACUCAGAAGCUGGAAGUGAGACAGAGAGUAAUGUGGACUCUGAGUUCGGUCGAACCCAUUUUGAUGAUCUUGUUCCAUCCCCAACUUCUGAAAAGGCUUUCCUUGCACAGAUCCAUGCCCGGAAGCCAGGAUACCUUCACAGCGCAGCAGCCUCUGGGACCAUUCGCAGUGAUAUGGUUACAGAAGAUGGAGACCCUUACGUUAGAACUGAUGAGGAAAACUAUGAAAAUGAUUCUGUGCGCCAGCUAGAGAAUGAGCUCAAGAUGGAGGAGUAUUUGAAACAGAAGCUACAGGAUGAAGCUUAUCAGGUCAGUUUGCAAGGAUGAGUACUCCAUCCUUGUAUUACUCUCCUCUGAAGCAAGCUGCAGUCAAAGAGACAAUGGAAGCGACGUGAGAACUGAUGAGGAGGAGAGCUGUACUCCAACUGGUGACAGAGAGAGCCCACCUGCCAGCUUCACAGAAGAAGCGCCACAACAAGCGCAGCCCCUCUGA